AUGGCGUUUCGUAAUGAUGAAGAGCUUGAGCGGUACCUAAAUAAUAUGGUCGAGGAUGAUGAUAGUAAAACAGAGCCAUUAGAGGCGGAGAAGGUUUCUGAAAAUGAAGAUAACCUGUCCGUGCAUUCCGAACAAGACGACAUUAUUUCCUGCUCAGAUGAAGAUGAUGUGCCUUUGUCACAGCUUCGAGGGAGUAUUUUGAAAGGAAAAGAAACCGAGGCGAAGACGGCAGCAGACUAUGUCACAAAGUUAGCUGAGAGCAUCAAAGGUUCUGGACGAAACAUAACAUUUGAUAAUUGGUUCACCUCGGUGCCUCUUGCAGACCAGUUACUGAAGGAAUAUCGACUUACUUGUAUUGGAACUUUACGUAAAAAUAUACGUGAGAUACCACCUGCUUUCCUACCGAAUAAAUCAAAGUCUGCUUUGUCCUCUCAGUUUGCAUUUGAUCGCGAGAAAACGUUAGUCUCCUUUACUCCAAAGUUAAUUGCAAGUGUCAAGACUAUCCAGGCUGACCUUUCAGAUCUUAAGGAUAUGAAGUGUGAAAUGAUGGACGUUAAAAACUCCUUGAACCAUGUGCAUACUUCGGUUGAGGGACUCACUAACAAACUGACUGAGAUCGAUCGGGAAAUUCAGUCUCUUCAAAAAACUAAGGAUGAUGUUGUACGUGUUGAACAUCGAUUGGAGAAGCUUGAGGCCGAUGUACGCGAAAAUCAGCAAAGAUCGCGCCUGAACAACAUUGAGAUCAAAGGCGUUCCUGUAGCCUCGUCUGAAAAUCUUUUUACUAUUUUUUCCAAUAUUGGUAGUAAAAUAGGUUACGAAGUUCCUAAGGAGCAAAUCAACUGCGUAGCAAGAGUACCUCAGCGUAAUAAUAAAAACACCAAAAACAUCAUUGUAUCACUUCACACCCGUUACCUGAGAGAUAAUUUUAUAGCUGCUGCUAAAAAAUGUAAAACUUUAACUGCUGCGGAUUUAGGAUUGAGAAGUGAUAGCAGGAUUUUCAUCAAUGAUCACCUUACGUUUGAGAAUAAACAGCUACUUAAUAAGACAAAAGCUCUUGCUAGUGAGAAAUUUUUUUCUUAUACAUGGCGGCAGAAGCUUAAACCGGCGACAGGAAGCAUCAUCAAUGGAGGCGGGAGUGGAGGAAAUCCAAGAAGAAUAAAAAAUACAACAGAAGAGAUUAAGCAGUAA